CCGUUGUUUGAAAGCCAGCCGGCAGGUUCACUGCAAUGUCUGUCAAACACAGCUGCUCUCUAUUCGACACAUUUUCAACCGGAUAAUCCCGAGCUGGCGUUUGGAUUAUUGCUCCUGCUGGGUUGUUGUAGGUAGACAAAUCAAUUCAUCGGAUUAGUCGGGGCUGGAUUCAUUUUCUGUGGACUUCAAGAUUAUUUCUUGACUUGUUUCUCAUUUUGGGAGCUGUGUUUUAGUGUUUGGACUUGUCGCAAGCAACCGGUGCAGCAAGAAGUCACACACAGUGGACUGAAGUGACUGGAGACGCACACGUGUGUCCUCUUUCCUCCUAUUUUUCAGCACUCUGGAUAAAAAGUUGUGUUUUUCUGUUUGGGAUAUCGUUUAAAACAGGGAGCAAAAGAGCAAGAAAACAUGUCGCUUAGCAGAAGUAUUGAAUUUGAACACUUUGAGGAACGAGAGAAGCCGCACCGGACACCGAGAACCAAUUCGGGCUCCGGGUCCCAGUCAGGCUCCAGAGGAAACGGUCUGGUCCCCAGCCCGGCGCACAGUGCGCACUGUAGUUUCUACCGCACACGCACUCUCCAGUCACUCACGUCUGAGAAAAAAGCCAGAAAAGUGCGCUUUUAUCGCAAUGGAGACAGAUAUUUCAAAGGUUUGGUGUAUGCUGUGUCCAACGACCGGUUCAGGUCUCUGGAUGCUCUGCUCAUGGAGCUCACGAGGUCCCUUUCUGACAAUGUCAACCUUCCUCAAGGAGUCCGGAUGUUAUAUGCGUUGGAUGGAGGCAGGAGGAUCACUAGUCUGGAUGAGUUAAUAGAGGGUGAGAGUUACGUAUGUGCCUCAAAUGAACCCUUCCGCCGUGUGGACUACACCAAGAACGUCAACCCUAACUGGUCUGUUGGCUGCAAGACCGGCACAUCACGCUCCCUCUCGUCUCUCAUCCCACUGAAGAGUGAGCAGCAGCGUGAGUCCAAAGACUUCAUCAAACCCAAACUAGUCACAGUCAUCCGCAGCGGCGUCAAACCCCGCAAGGCAGUUCGGAUACUGCUCAACAAGAAGACGGCGCACUCCUUCGAGCAGGUGCUCACUGACAUCACAGACGCAAUCAAGUUGGACUCCGGAGCUGUGAGGCGACUGUACACAUUGGAGGGCAAGCAGAUUAUCUGCCUGCAGGACUUCUUUGGGGAUGAUGACGUCUUCAUAGCGUGCGGCCCGGAGAAGUACCGCUAUGCCCAGGACGACUUUGUGUUGGAUCACAGUGGUAAGGCUUCCACAGCCUUUAUGACUGAAUGCAGAGUGCUAAAGACGUCACACAGCCGCUCUGCUACUCCGAACCGUACAGCUAAGAGCCCUGGACCUUCGCGACGCAGCAAGUCCCCUGGUGCAGCAAGACAACCUGUCCACUACUCCACCAGUCAGUCUCCAAUCAAAUCCCCAGUAAAUGGAAUCUCAAACAGCCAGAUCUCAACUCCAAAGUCCACCAAGUCCUCCACUCCAUCUCCCACCAGCCCCAGACCCGUCCCCAGUUUUAAGAUCCCUCCGUCACAUCACAUCUCGUCCUCAAAUGUAAAUGGCUCACUGAACAACCACCAGGAGCAAACCAAUCGACUUAGCCCAGAGGUUAAUGGGAACCGCUACCUGCCUAACUCCACCAUCUUGGAAAAAUACAAGAUUGGCAAGGUCAUUGGAGAUGGCAACUUCGCCGUGGUUAAAGAGUGCGUGGAGAGGUCCACAGGAAAAGAGUUUGCACUGAAGAUCAUCGACAAGGCCAAGUGCAGUGGAAAGGAGCACCUCAUAGAGAACGAGGUCGCAGUGCUGCGGAAGGUGAAACACCCCAACAUCAUCAUGUUGAUAGAGGAGGUGGACACUCCCUCUGAACUUUACCUGGUUAUGGAGCUUGUCAAGGGAGGAGAUUUAUUUGAUGCCAUCACCUCCUCAGCCAAAUACACAGAGAGAGACGCCAGCAUCAUGGUGUACAAUCUUGCUGAAGCUCUUAAGUACCUGCACAGCACCAACAUCGUCCACAGAGACAUUAAACCAGAGAACUUACUGGUGUUUGAGUAUCCAGAUGGCACCAUGUCAUUGAAACUGGGGGACUUUGGGCUGGCCACAGUGGUGGAAGGACCUCUGUAUACCGUUUGUGGAACUCCUACAUACGUGGCUCCAGAAAUCAUCUCAGAGUCUGGUUACGGUCUGAAGGUGGAUAUCUGGGCUGCAGGUGUCAUAACCUACAUCCUUCUGUGUGGAUUCCCUCCAUUUAGAAGUGAGAGUAACCUGCAGGAAGAUCUGUUUGACCAGAUCCUUCUGGGGCGCUUGGACUUUCCCAGUCCUUACUGGGACAAUAUCACUGACUCAGCCAAGGAGCUGAUCGGAAAAAUGCUGCAAGUCAACGUUGAAGCUCGAUACACAGCACAAGACAUCCUAUCUCACCCUUGGGUCACGGAUGACGCAGUCAUGGAGAACAACAUGAAGAUGGAGGUCACAGGUAAACUGAAGACGCACUUUAACACUGCGCCUAAACACAACAACACCACAGCUGGGGUGUCCGUCAUCAUGAGGACAGCUCUUGAUAAGAAGACUCUCCAGCUUACUACCCAUCGUCAUCCACGGCCCCAAACAGUGCCAUGUCCACCAUCGUCGGCUAGCAAGAAAGUCCCUUCCGCCCUUCCAGUGAAACCAGCCUUGCCAACAAAGUCAGGACCAGCUUCCCCAACCAAACAGGCAUCACACACCAAAGAACCAAAACAUGCCAAGCCGACUUCACCCACCAAGGCUGCUCGUCUAAAAGCACCCAAGACCGCCGCUGUUCCUGAUGCUACACCCACCUCCAAUGCUCCCUGCUGUCAUGCUCCUGUAACUUCCCCUCAUAUCUCACCUUCAUCCACUGCUGAGGCUUUACCCAACACCUCUUUGCCCGUUUCCUCUCCACCUGAAACAACACCCUCCGCUGCUCCCUGCUCAUCUCUAGAAACUCCCUCACCCUCAGGCCCUCCUGAUGUUUUCACCUCCAACACUCCCUCUACACCCGCCGCCUGCCUUUCCCCAUCAUCUCCAACCAAACCAGCCCAAACCUCCUCUUCUCCCACCAAACCAGCUCCUCUUUCACCCACCAAACAAAUCCCCUCCCCCUCUCCUAGCAAAGAGCCAACAUCCCCAUCUUCCUCUCCCACAAAACAAGCAUCCCCCUGCCCAGUCUCCCCCAUGAAACCUGUCGUAUUCUUCCCUUUCUCUUCCCCAACCAAACAAGAACCUUCCUCCCCCUCUCCCAUCCAUCCAACCCUGUUUCCCUCUCCUCCCUCUACACCUCCCAGAUCUGCGUCCCCCGCUGGCCCUCCUUCUCCGAGCCGUCUACCUGCUGAAGAGCUAGUGGAGAAGAUUUAAACGUAGUCAAUAGCACCCCACACUCCUUCUUAUCACAUGUAUGUGUCAGUAAACACGGGCGAGGAGGCUUAAACUCCGCCCCCAGCGUUUCCAGUAGCUGUAAACUGAGCCAGUGACUGCUGUGUCCGUAUUUUUCUUUCACUCUUAUCCCACUCAUUUUCAGAGACGGAGGAUAUAAGGCAUUUUCUUAAAGUUUGUUGGUUAUAUAUAUGUUUGUAUUUAUUAACGGAGGAUGUGGAGAAAAGGAAUGAACUGAAUACAUCACUGUUCUGAGUGGUUUGUCUGAAGAAGUCAUGCAUUACUACAGUAUGUCACGUUUAUGUGAAUCCUUUCUUUUAUUUAUUAUCCCAUGUUGACUGCCUGUGGCUCUUUUGUAAAUAGUUAUUCAUUACAUCAUUGUAAACUCCUAUUGCUUUAGCAGAAAGACCGUAUGUCCACACCACACUAAAGUAUUUCAGCAUAUCAAACGUCUGAACUUGUUAGCCUAGCUACCUGUAGUGUAAUUCAAUUAUAACCACUAUCAGUAAUUUCUCUGACCACAGCCAUCCUGAUGGUAACUGCAAGUUUACUGUUUAACUUAAGAUUCCUAUUUACUACACACAGCACAGCGUUACUACACACAGCACAGUGGGUUGACAAAAUAAAUGUAAUACCAAAGUAUAAAUUAGCAAAUUACGAGUAAAUCAGUGCUUAGUCUGUGAAAUAGUUCAGCCUUGAUAUCAACCAUGCAUGUUAAAGUGUUAAUAAUCAGCACUUCUGAAGCACAAAUGGCUGUUCGAAUUUAAUUUAAAGGGCAUGUUCACCAAAUUAUGAAAACAUUAAAGAAAAAAAAGAGAAAAAAACAUUGUCUGAGUUAGAUCUAUUGUGAAUAGCAACCGUUUGGCUUGUGACCCCUCGUAUAGCAGGAGAUCGAAAAGGUCUGAUUUCUGGUUUUGUCUGGUGUAUCAGCUCGAAUCAGUUUGAUAUUCUGCAAGCCGCCUGACCCAGAAUUUGUCAUUAUGAUUGUUUCUAGCAAAUUAAAAUUAGCCUACAUAAACUAUCUGUGCCGACAGCAUCGUGAAGCCAGAUGCAACUUGUAAUACAUUUGUAAGUAUGAAAGGUAGAAGCUGCCUGACCGGAAAACGAAACACAAUCAGUUCACGGUGAUGACAUAAAAAGUUCAUAGUUAAAACAGAAUGUUUUU